CGGCAGCUCUCGGUUCUUCCUCGUGCCUCAUCGGUAUUCCUGGGCAAUCCUCAGCGCGCGCCCCCAGUCCAGCAGCAGCAGCAGCAGCAGCGGCGGCGGCGGCACGCGCAUCUCCGGUGAGAGGAAAGGGCAUCUGCAGAGCUCGAGACGCUUCCGAGGAAGAGCGGGAAUGACGCCAUGAGCUCGCGCCGUGUGUGAUGGAGGAAACGUUUUGGUAGUUUUUGGCGCUGCCGUGGCUGAUGUGGAGUCGCGUGAGGAGCCUCAACACCACCAUGAAGCUGCUGUUUGUGCUCGCGCUCUUGUGGCGCGAGGCGCUGUGCGGAUCUCCGAGCGUCCAGAUCGGUGGUUUAUUCCCCAGGGGUGCCGAUCAGGAGUACAGUGCAUUCAGAGUUGGCAUGUUUCAGUUCGGGAUGGCAGAUUUCAGACUUACUCCACACAUAGAUAACCUGGAGGUGGCCAACAGCUUUGCGGUCACUAACUGCUUUUGUUCCCAGUUCUCUCGAGGUGUCUACGCCAUUUUCGGCUUCUACGAUAAGAAGUCGGUAAACACCAUCACAUCCUUCUGCGAGACACUCCACGUCUCCUUCAUCACGCCGUCUUUCCCCGCAGAAGGGAUGAAUCAGUUUGUUCUCCAGAUGAGGCCGGACAUCAAGGGGCCGCUGGUUUCAUUAGUGGAGUACUACAAAUGGGAAAAGUUUGCCUAUCUCUACGAUAGUGAUAGAGGUCUUUCUACUCUGCAGGUAAUACUGGACACUGCAGCAGAGAAGAAAUGGGUGGUCACAGCGAUAAAUGUAGGAAACCUGAAAGAUGAGAGGAAGGAUGAAGCGUACCGCUCCCUGUUUCAGGACCUGGAGAUCCGUAAGGAGCGACGCAUCAUCCUAGACUGUGAACAAGACAAAGUCAAAGACAUCAUGGAACAGGUGAUCACCAUAGGCAGACAUGUGAAAGGAUACCACUAUAUCAUUGCUAACUUGGGUUUUGUAGAUGGUGACCUCUCUAAAAUCCAGUAUGGAGGUGCGAACGUGUCUGGGUUUCAGAUAGUAGAUUUUGAUGAUCCUGUGGUGGCCAAGUUUGACCAGCAAUGGGAGGCCCUGGAAGAGAAGGAGUAUCCUGGAGCUGAUGCACGGAUCAGAGUGCGUGUAGACGGCUUAACAGGGAACAUUCAGUUUGACCAGUACGGGAAGAGAAUCAACUACUCAGUGACAGUCAUGGAGUUGAAGAACAAUGGACCUGUUAAGAUUGGCUAUUGGAAUGAGGUGGAUAAAAUGGUGGUGACAAAGUCCGACCUUUACCCCAACGACACUAUGGGAAUGGAAAACAAGACAGUCAUUGUCACAACUAUACUGGAAGCCCCCUACGUGAUGAUGAAGAAGAAUUCUGAGCUAUUUCAAGACAAUGACCGUUAUGAAGGUUACUGUGUUGACCUGGCCGCAGAAAUUGCAAAGCACUGUGGGAUACGCUACCAGCUAAAGAUUGUGGGAGAUGGCAAAUACGGAGCAAGAGACGCAGAAACCAAGAUCUGGAAUGGCAUGGUUGGAGAGCUGGUGUAUGGGAAAGCAGAUAUAGCAGUCGCCCCGCUGACCAUCACUCUCGUCCGUGAAGAGGUGAUAGAUUUCUCCAAACCCUUCAUGUCUUUGGGAAUCUCCAUCAUGAUCAAGAAGCCGCAGAAAUCCAAACCAGGAGUUUUCUCCUUUCUGGACCCACUGGCCUACGAAAUCUGGAUGUGCAUAGUCUUUGCCUACAUAGGAGUCAGUGUUGUUCUCUUUUUGGUAUCCAGAUUCAGCCCCUAUGAGUGGACUCUAGAGGAACCAGAGGACGGAGCGUUGCCGCUGACAACCGAAUCCACCAAUGAGUUUGGGAUCUUUAACUCCCUCUGGUUCUCUUUGGGGGCGUUCAUGCGGCAGGGUUGUGACAUCUCACCAAGGUCUCUGUCAGGCCGUAUAGUUGGGGGGGUGUGGUGGUUCUUCACUUUGAUCAUCAUCUCAUCAUACACGGCCAACCUGGCUGCCUUCCUGACGGUGGAGAGGAUGGUUUCUCCCAUCGAGAGUGCUGAAGACCUCGCCAAACAGACAGAGAUAGCGUAUGGGACCCUGGACUCUGGAUCCACCAAGGAGUUCUUCAGGCGUUCUAAAAUCGCCUUGUUUGACAAGAUGUGGCAGUACAUGAAAUCCGCAGAGCCCUCCGUCUUCGUCAAGAAAACGUCGGAGGGCGUCCUACGCGUCAGGAAGUCCAAAGGGAAGUAUGCCUACCUGCUGGAAUCCACGAUGAACGAGUACAUCGAGCAGAGGAAACCUUGCGACACGAUGAAAGUGGGAGGAAACCUGGACUCCAAAGGCUACGGCAUCGCCACACCUAAAGGAUCUCCAUUAAGAAAUGCUGUGAACCUGGCGGUGUUAAAGUUGAACGAGCAGGGGCUGCUGGACAAACUGAAAAACAAGUGGUGGUAUGACAAGGGAGAAUGCGGCAGCGGAGGAGGGGAGAGCAAGGAGAAGACCAGCGCCUUGUCUCUCAGUAACGUAGCAGGAGUCUUCUACAUAUUGGUUGGAGGUCUGGGUCUGGCCAUGAUGGUAGCGCUGGUAGAGUUCUGCUACAAGAGCCGUGCUGAGGCCAAAAAAAUGAAGGUGGCAGCCAACACCUUGUCGUCCCCCCAGCACACAGGAAACUACACACACACUAUGUCUUCUCCUCAACACGCCCCCAACUUCAACCUGCUGUCCCCCAGCCACCAGCCAAACUACGCCACGUAUAAAGAGGGCUACAACGUUUACGGCAUUGAGAGUGUCAAGAUCUAACUCGGAUGAAAUUCACAGAUGCAAUGCGCUCCAAAGCUCGUCUAUCCAUCACAGGAUCGACCGGUGAGAACGGGCGCGUCCCAGUGGCUUACCUCCGUCCAGGAUUACCCAUGAGCCUCAGCAUGACUGAUCUCUCCUGACCACAUCCGAGCCAGUGCCUUACAGCCAAUCAACACACAUCCUUCCUCUGAAAGUGAGUGGAAGUGCACGUCAUUUCCUUUGGUGACCAAUUACCACUCAUCACGGGUGAUCUGCCCUGAUUUGCAACCCGGAGUUUAGCCAAUCAUAUCUCUCUGGGGAUCUCUAAGACUGGACAUAUGUUGUCCUCCCUCCACUUGGCUGUCAGGCUUUAGCAACGACCUGCCUAGUGAAUCCCUCGACCAUCAGCGAGAACGAUUGCUGCUCAUUUACAAUUCACGAAAAAACAAUCAAGCACAGUGGACCGUUUUGUAAACAAACACACAUCAUUGUUUUGUAGAUUUUUUGCCAGGGAGGCUCUAGAAAGUACAGUUACGCUGACGUUAACGCAAUAACAACACCAAUCAGGGUUGGGAUCAGGAAAAGCAGAAUCUUGGUUUAAAUAAGUUUGAGUGCUAUGAACAAAAGCCGAUAUCCUGAAAAAUCGAAUCCAUGAAGUAAUAGUAAUUGUAAUAGCAAAUGAUGUUAUUGUUCUUAGUUGUUUUCCUUAUUGCUAGCUGAGAAUCCCUAAUAAGUAGAGACUUUUGCCUAACUCAAGAGAUGCAUGGACUGACACACAUAUACACACACACACACACACACACGAUCCACAGGGAUGGGCAGAAACGAGUCAAAAUGUAUGUUGAUACAAAAUAAUCCCAAUUUAUUUGAAGGCA